AUGCCAAGGGAGUUGAGCAGCCGCAGGAGCAACGUUAAUCAAAUGCCUCCGCGCCAGAUCAUCAUUGGCUGUGACCUAGGCAUUGUCUCUCGUCGAGUUGGGCUGCUGCAUAUCUUCAUCUAUUUAGUGUCCCAAUGCUUGCAACGACGCCACCAGCUCACCAAUAGGAAAGGGACACUCUCAAAUUUUUCCCUGCAGCGCAUACUUAUGGUACAAGGAAGAGUCGUGUCAUCCCUCCCCUUGCAAGAAGACCAUCUCAAUCUGGACAUGGUUCUGGCUCUCAACCAUGAAGGGACGCUACUGUGGAGGAGCCAAGAUCAAAUGUGGGACGAAUACGAGCUUGCCCUUCCGCAACACAGGACCUUAUAUAUCCUCAGUUUGUUCGCAGUCGCAUAUUUUGUUUUUUCUCUUCUUGACCUGAUGGUGAACGCAAGAACACCUACCAUUAUGUCAAUAUCUUAUGAAUCAAUUUCCAUGGACCACGAUAAGCCUGAAGCGGUCUCGCCGCAUUUCCAUGAAAUCCUUGGGGAUGAUGUGGAGUUAACCAGUGACACGGGCACGCGAGUUGGACACCAUCUAUUCCUCGAUGAAGCCAGCCAGGUUAAAGAGGAGCGCAAAACCAGCGGAGAGAGCGUUUGGCGGGUGUUGAACGAGAGGCAGAUUAAUAUGAUUGCCUUUUCUGGGUAA